UCAUUUUCCACCUAAUCAACUACUAAAUAUAUAUUGUGAAUAUCUAUCAUUAGGUAUGCUAUUGUGGAGGAUUUAGCAGCGUCCAGAGUGCAUACCUGUUCUUGAAACCAAACCGAGCUUAAUGACUGCUUAGCUAAAUGCAGAAGAAGGGAUUUCAAGUCACUGGUUCAGUCUAUGAUGUAUCAUCCUGAGCUGAACGAGAAAAGCUAGCCGAAGAAGUCGCCUCUCCUUUCAAUGGAAAGCUCAACAUACUUAUAUAAACAAUGUUGCAAUGUGUUGCGACGCACAUCUGAAAACCGACUGAAGAAUACACAGCUCAAGAUUGCUCAGUUCAUAUGAGUUCCAAUUUUGAAUCAGCCUAUUUCCCCUGUCAACUCUCACAUCCUUUUUCGAAAGCUUCUGGUGCAGGGAACAUUGUUUUCACAUCUUGUGUUACUGGUGUUACAUACUAUAUGACGGGCGGAUCCUUAUAUUCUGCAACAAAAGCGGGUUUGAACCAGCUGACUAAGAACUUAGCCAGUUCUGAAUUAGCAUAUUGUGAAGUUUGUUUGCGCUCAAACUCCACUAAGACGCAUAGAAGAAGCAGAGGAGGUGUCGUCAGUGGUGGCAUUUUUAUGCAUGCCCGUAGCCUCCUAUCUCACUGGGCAGAUUAAUUGUGUAGAUGGAGGGGCAACUGUGAAUAUGCCUCAGCCACCUUCCAACUCAACUGGAGGCAUGCAUCCACAAAUUCACUGUUUUCAACUGAUCUCUAUCUAUUAAAUUUCUGUAUACAGG